AUGCCGUUGACUUUCUGCCCCAACUGUAGUAACGUACUAACCAUCUCCCGCGCCGAUCCGUCCCCCAAGUACCCUCUGGGCGUCAACCGAUUCGAAUGCCGCACAUGUCCCUAUCAAUAUAUCCUGAAGAGCGGGUGGUCCGAGAAAACGCCCAUGAAACAGAAGGAGGUUGAGGAUGUCUUUGGCGGCAAGGAAGAGUUUGCGAACGCAGAUAGCAUGGGCACGCAAUGUCCGGCAGAGAACUGCAAUGGAGACCGGGCAUACUUCUUCCAGUUGCAGAUUCGGAGUGCUGAUGAACCUAUGACUACAUUCCUGAAGUGUACUACAUGCGGAGCGAGAUGGCGUGAAAACUAA